GUCAAUGUGACUAAAAUAAUCUGUGAGAGCACCCAUGCGUGAAUUAUAAAUCGAUUACUGAUUCGAUAAUUGGACCGAAUUUGUUACAAUGGACGAUUUGCAGAAAGUGGUAUUUUAAUUCGUGUGCGUUGAAAUGUGUCAUGCAAGCUGUGUUGUAUCAUUGAUAAGUAUUUUCGAAUAAGUACUGUCAUUUUCGUUGUUAAUAAAUCUGUGCGUACUCAUACACUCAUACUCAAGUUCUGUAGAUGUUGCAUAACAGAACUUACAUGAAAGACCAUGGAUCUGAAUAGUGAUGAUCUGCAUGAUGAUAGACUUGAAGAAUUCAAGGAAUUUGAAGGUUCUGAACCAAGAGAAGCUAAUAAGAAAUCAUCAGCACAUUCAUUUCAGAUGAGACCCAAUUUUAAUGAGAGGUUCCAAGCAGCGACAGUGAAGGAAGUGAUCCAUGGUGUGAUGAAUGAUGAGUUAGGAGGAAAAAAGUAUGCAGUUGAAGAAGCUGAGGUUUGGACUAAGAAUAUUGCAACCUCUGUACGUAACAAGGUGAAAGGGCUGGGGUUCAAGAGGUAUAAGUAUGUGGUGCAAGUUGUGCUUGGGGAACAGCAUGGAGCUGGAGUCAAAAUUGGCUCCCGCUGCCUUUGGGAUGCCGAUACAGAUAACUAUGCCAGUGAUGUAUUCUGGAAUGAAUCCAUAUUUUGCAUGACAGUUGUGUUUGCCAUCUACUUCUACUGAAGAGUCAUCUUGAUGUGUUUGCCAUUGUCACAGUUAUAUUUCUUGGAUAUUUGCUUGCCAUCUUCUUCUGCUGAAGAAUGAUCUUGGUAUGUCAGCCAGUAUGAGAGUACUAUUCCUUUGAUAUUAAUUUUUGUGAAAGUUGUUGAGAAUGUUUAGCUGUGCAUUACUUCUCUUUUUCAGUCUGUGGUAAAAAAGUGAUCACCAAACUGUUGAAUACAGUUUUAUGGUUUAACUCAUUAAUGCCCAGUGGUUUAUUUAUAAAUUGGCAUUUCUUAAUUUUUCAUAGACAAAUUUUUAUGUAUAUGUAAACAGGAAAGUAAUAUCUCAGUUUUUUAUGAUUGCUGUCUAAACUCCAUGGAACGGUAUCCAUUUUGACAAGCUGAGAGCCUCCUCUGGUCAGAAAAUUUCCCCUUCUUCAUAGAUCCCAGAAUAUAGCUGUGGAAUUUUCAAGACGUUAAAUACUGGAAAAACUAGAGCUGUAACAUUUAGGGGAACAAAAUUAAUUAGAAGUAAGAUAUACAUUAAUCAUAGGACACCUGAUGGACCAAGGUUAUUGUGUGCUGGUGUAUUUUGGACCAUAAGAAAAACUGAUGAGAGAAUAUUGGUUUCAGCAGAAAAGCGUUUUACGAAGAGGACUGUGGGAUAUACCCUUUUAGACCAUAAAGAUGAUUCUCUGGUGAUAUGAGCACCCACACUAUAGUUGCUUCUACCACAGAAAUCACAUCGGCACAUAGCAGCCAUAAGGUUUUAAACAGAUUUAUCACAAAAUAUUUCAUUUCCAUUUUAGUACAGUUUUAAUUUUUAUGUUUUAAU